UUUGAAACGACAGAAGCAAAUAUCUGAUUGACUAAAAAUAAUUAAUUAAAUAAAAAUAAUGAAUCCGUGGUGGUCCAAAUCACACAUCCAGUGGCGUGGUUGCCUAUCUUUUCGUCCUUCGCUCUCCGCCAAAUGUCUGCAACCACCGCCAUACCUGCUUCAACUACCAUGUCCGCCGCUGCAACUUCUGCUUCCGCCUCCUCCUCCGCUCACAUACUCAGACUCAAUCACAACCAGCUCAUUGUUUCGCUUCAUGGCAGAAGAAAGUCAAUUAGUGCAUCAUCCUCCUCCUUCUUCAGCACAUACCGAUUCAACUCCAGCAUUUCUAGAUCCUCCCGGAGAAUCUCUUAUCCUUCUUCCAUAAGAAUUAGACCGCUCUCUCCUGUCAUGGAAUGGCAAGAUGUCACAGUCAAAAUGGAAGUAGAUGUGCCCAUUUCAGUUGCUUAUAAGUGCUAUUCUGAUCGUGAGGCCAUUCCUGAAUGGAUGCCUUUUAUUUCAACUGUAAAGAUUUUGGAGGAUAAGCCUGACUUAUCAAGAUGGUCGCUGAAGUAUGAAGCUUUUGGGCAGAAUAUUGAAUAUUCAUGGCUUGCUCGAAAUAUGCAGCCUACGCCAAACCAGAAGAUCCACUGGAGAUCUCUGGAGGGACUUCCUAACAGGGGAGCUGUGCGAUUUUUUCCCAAAGGCCCAUCAUCCUGUAUCAUAGAACUAACAGUUUCAUACGAAGUGCCUCAACUUUUGGUUCCAGUGGCAUCAGCAUUGAAACCAUUUCUUGAAAACCUGCUGUCGCAAGGAUUGGAACGCUUUGCAACAUUUGCUAGGAGCUACUCAGCUGACACACCUAAAUGAUGUAUAAACUAAAUUCAUGCCAUUAACAUCCAUUGGUUGUAUAGUGUGCAAUAAUCUUCUGGCUGCACUCUAUGGCUUGUCAGCUAGGA